UGCGGGCGCACCGACAAUAAUAAAAAACAAACAACAAACAAAGCCCAUUUAUUUUGCUGUUUAGGUGCAGUCCAUUUGAAGCUCAACGAACAACGCAACAACAUGGAUUCCGAUGCAGCAGCUGGCGCAGCUAUUCAAACCGGCAGUGGAAGCCAAGGACAACAGAAUCGCGACACUGACGAGCUGCUUGAUCCCGUGCUAUUCUCUAACGACAAUGGCGCAUAUAAGCUGAAAACCGUGCCUGCAUUUAGUAUACAUUUGCUUAUCUCGACGAUCAUUUCGUGUGUGGGCAUUGGCCUGGCGACCCUGUUCCCAGAGGAUCGACGCUGCGAGGCCUACUUUAUAAUGCUCUACUUGCGCGCCACCUUCUGGGUGAUCACUUUCCUCUUUGAUCACUUUGUGAAGAAACAGCACGAUAAUCUCCGCAUGAAUGGCUAUCACGACUUCCAUCGAGAGACGAGCAUGCAGAAGGGUGUGCCACUGCAAAUUGUGUCGCUGUGGAACUCAAUGCUGCUCGGAGUCCAGGCCCUCAUCCAUCACUAUUACGGCAAUGACUUCGAGAAGCAUUGCGCCGAAGGCUGGCUGUCGCCCAUCAGCUACAUUACCACCUUCAAUGUGGCCGAGAAUCUGUUACUCGCCGCCACCCAUGGCUGCUAUAUAAAUAAGGUAGUGAAGUUCAAUAAGGCAAAGCUGGCGCCAGAUGUUUUGCGUGGCGCAGAUCGUGCCAGCGGCUCUUUGGGUCUCAUGCAGCCGGGAGGCGACACCGCUGAGCUGCUCGAGAGGCAAGCGGAUCUGAUCAGUUAUCUGAAGGAUCACACGUAUAAGAUCAACCAGAAGCUGCACCAGAUGCAGACGAAUGUGCGUCCGUUGCGUGUGCCGCAAAUUCCUUAAAAUAGGGCAAACUGGCUAAACAAUUAGACAAACAAUACGUAAUCCUACAGUAUACAAAAGAAAUCAAAAACGACAUAUGCUCUUUUUUUAA